UAUCAUAAUAAUCAUAUAAUAAUAAUUAUUAUGAAAAACGAGAGCAGAAUUGGAGCACAAGCUAUUAGCAAAAGCGAUGGACGUUUUGAUUCUGGCUAGCUGAAGGCUCAUUAAUCUCAUUAUUAUUAUUAUUAGUAUUAGUAUUAGUAUUAGUACUAUCUAAUCUUUUCUUCUCUAAGCAUCUAAAAUUCUGCGCUCAAGUCACACACAUUUCAAUUUCCCUUUUUCUUUCUUUUGUUGUAAAGCGAAGCUGUGUUGUGCUCCAUUACAAAUUGAAAUUCAUUCAUUGAUAUUAGGUUAGAUAUUAUUACUCCUUUUACUUUUGGUAAUGCUUGUGCUUGUGAGAUAUGUUGAAAUCCGUUGUUGCUCUAUAGUCAUGGCGGUGGUUCUCCUUCUCGUCCUUUUCCUCUCGCGUGCCGCACUCUCUUCAUCUGCGGAGCCUCGCAACCACGAAGUGGAGGCUCUAAUGAGCAUCAAGUGGAGUCUCACUGAUCCUCACGGUGUGUUGAGUAACUGGGAUGAGUACUCAGUCGACGCUUGCAGCUGGGCCAUGAUUACUUGCUCCUCUGAUUCCCUUGUUAUUGGCCUGGGAGCGCCGAGCCAAUCUCUCUCUGGAACUUUGUCUGCAGCAAUUGGAAACCUAACAAAUCUUCGCCAAGUGUUACUGCAGAACAAUAAUAUCUCAGGUCGAAUUCCGCCCGAGCUUGGAACCCUUCCAAAGCUUCAGACAUUGGAUCUUUCCAAUAAUCGAUUCUCUGGGGUGAUUCCUUCCUCUCUCGGCCAAUUGGAUAGUCUCCAAUACCUGAGGCUCAACAACAAUAGCUUGUCAGGACCCUUUCCUGUUUCACUGGCCAAAAUCCCACAGCUUGCUUUCUUGGACUUGUCUUAUAACAAUCUAAGUGGACCAUUGCCCAAGUUUCCUGCAAGGGCAUUCAAUAUUGUGGGAAACCCAUUAAUUUGUGGAAGCAUCACUACUGAAGGUUGCUCUGGAUCAGCAACUCUUAUGCCCGUUUCCUUCUCUCAAACAUCAUCACAAGGAAAACACAAGUCCAGAAAAAUAGCAGUUGCACUUGGAGUUAGUCUUAGUUGUGCUUCUCUCAUGGUUUUGCUCUUUGGGAUCUUUUGGUAUAGACAUAAACGACAGCACCAGGCCAUCCUGUUUAUUGGUGAAUAUAAGGAAGAGGGAAUUGUCAGCUUGGGAAAUCUCAAGACUUUCACGUUCAGAGAGCUCCAACAAGCAACAGAUAGUUUCAGCUCCAAGAACAUACUUGGGGCUGGAGGUUUUGGCAAUGUUUAUAGGGGAAAACUUGGUGACGGCUCUAUGGUGGCAGUGAAAAGACUGAAGGAUGUUACUGGAAGUUCUGGUGAAUCACAGUUUCGAACAGAAUUGGAGAUGAUCAGUUUGGCAGUUCAUCGCAAUUUACUUCGCUUAAUUGGAUAUUGUGCUACUCCUAAUGAAAAGCUUCUGGUUUAUCCUUAUAUGUCUAAUGGCAGUGUGGCAUCCAGGCUUAGAGGCAAACCAUCUUUAGAUUGGAACACAAGAAAGAGGAUAGCAAUUGGAGCUGCGAGAGGACUUCUGUAUCUGCACGAGCAAUGCGAUCCAAAGAUAAUACACCGAGAUGUUAAAGCUGCUAAUGUUCUUCUUGAUGACUACUGUGAGGCUGUUGUUGGUGAUUUUGGCCUUGCAAAGCUCCUUGACCAUUCUGAAUCCCACGUCACAACCGCGGUCCGUGGCACAGUUGGGCACAUUGCUCCAGAGUACCUUUCCACUGGCCAAUCUUCUGAAACGAACUGUAUGUUAAUGUUAGGAAAAUACAGCCGAAUGCUUGAAGGCGAUGGACUUGCUGAGAAGUGGGCAGCAUCACAUAGUAAUAAUCAUGAUCGGAAUGUUAGUCAUGGCAUGACCCCAAGCAAUAACAGUGGCCACACAUCAUCCCGCGCCCCUGCCCCUGCAUCGAAGCAUGAUGACAGUGUUCAUGAUCGUACAAGCAUGUUUGGCUCCACAAUGGAUGACGAUGAUGAUGAACGCUCCUUGGAUUCCUAUGCCAUGGAACUCUCUGGUCCUAGGUAAAUUACCAUGGCUUUCAAUAGGAAAAUUAGAAAAGAAAAGCGAAAUGAGAUCUAUUGGUCAUAUAUAAUCAUAAUUCUUUAUUUUUUUUCUUAUAAAAUUGUUAUUAUUAUUAAACUUGGGUUAUUCUAGGAUUUAAUCAGUGUAUAUGGUUCUGUAAAACACAUUAUCAUGUUGGGUUUGUGUUUUAAUUGUAAAUAUGAGUUUGAGUGGAGUUGUGGUAGUAGUACAAAGUGGCGUGCUUUUGGAUGCAAAAAAGAACGGUAGAAAUCAAGGUGUAACUAGGUUCAGUGCGUAUAGUCGUAUAGGGUAGGGUGGAUGGAGUACAAUGAUCAUCAAAGAUUCCUUGCUCUCAAGUAUGUGAAUCAAGAAGAGAGGAGAGGGUGUCAUGCAACAGAAUAUUGAUACUGAUGGUUUUGACUGAAGAAGGGAAGAGAGAGAGAAGGGAUGUGGGAUGGGAUGGGGGCACAUGAAUUUUCUGUGUGUGUUCAAAACUUUGAAAGUGUGAGUGAAGGUCACAGAGUCUCUGCUUUUCAGCUGUUACAUGUCUUUUUCCUUCAGAUGCUUUUGCAGGGCCACGCGUUACUUUAUUCAUUUAUUUUCCCCCUCUCAAUACGGUCACCUCUUUUUAUUGGGUGUUUUUACCGCUUUUAUCACUUUCUGCCUUCAUGCUUUAUCUGCUUCAGUCUUAUAUGGCGUGGCG